CUUUAAUUYGGAUGUUUGAUUUUAUUCUGAUUGAGAACCUACUCUGCUAGCUGUGCUCCAGAUUACUACCAAAAGAAACCGGCUUAAAAUGAAAGUCUUGAGUCUUUCGUUAAUUCUAUUUGGCUUGCAGUUCCUUCUAAUUGCUGAAGGAACACAAGUAGCCAAGAUCAAAAAAGGUGGGGAUGUUACCGUAAACGUUGUUGUCCCCAAUUCCAAAAAGAUGUUUGGCUUGAUGAAGAUGUUAGACAAGAAGUUGGAUCGACUUAUUAAAGCAGUUGGCUCGGCCGAAAACGGCCUUUCUUGUCCCAAGAUGCCCAAGAACUGUGCUGAGGUCCUCAAGUGUAAUGGAAGCAAAAGUGGGGUUUACACAAUCAAACCAGACAGAAAAGGGCCUUUUAAGGUUUACUGCGACCAAAAGACUAAUGGCGGUGGAUGGACAGUCUUUCAAAGACGAAAAGACGGAUCUGUUGAUUUCUAUCGCGGGUGGACUGACUACAAAAAUGGCUUCGGUGACCUGAAAGGAGAGUUCUGGUUGGGACUUGAGAAAAUCUAUCGACUGACCCAUCAGACUCGUAACCGUCUUCGUGUGGAUCUUGAGGACACCAGUGGCGCACGUGCGUAUGCUGAGUACGACUUCUUUGCCGUGUCGAGUGGAGGAAGCAAGUACAGCUUGAGUCUUGGAACUUACACAGGUAAUUCAGGUGAUUCGAUGUCUUUUCAGCGAGGUAUGGCUUUCUCCACUAAAGAUAAUGACAAUGACACAGGGAGACGCAACUGUGCCGUUGUAUUCAAAGGGGCAUGGUGGUACGAUAAUUGUUUUCGAUCGAACCUCAAUGGUCAGUACCUCCACGGGAAGCACAAGAAACCUUGGCAAGGUAUCAUAUGGUACAAAUGGAAAGGUCAUAGCUAUUCACUUAAGGGAGAUGAGUUAAAAAUAAGACCAUUAUAAGACUAGAUAACCGUCUUUCCACACAUAACCAAGAUUAGAAAGUAGAUUAGUCUCAGGAUAGAGAAUUGUAAGCACCUGACUCAUGUAAAACGUCCAUCCAAUUCUUGAAGGAUAAGUAUCGCUAACAGUAAGAGGAGUUACUAAAUAAAAGAUUGAAGCAUUAAAAGCAG